AAGAAUCAAAAUGAGCGGAUCAACUCAGAAAAAAUCGCAAUCUGCAGACAACGCAGAUGAAAUUGAUGUUCUGCUGAACGACUUCAGUCGGAAUUUGAGCGGUGUAUCAGGCGUAGUGUUCUACGGAAUGGCCCUAAUUGUAGCUGUGAUUCCUCUGUGGCUAUAUUGGCGAAUCCACAUGAUGGAUCCCGUGAAUAGUUACCUUCCAUGGACUGCUGUGUCUCUUGUCAGCGCUUUCCUUAUUGCAAAGGCGUAUACGAACACCAAGUUUGUGAUCAAGCACAAGGUUGCGCAAAAAAUAGAGCGAGAAGUGACCAAAGAAGUGAACAAACUAGUCGAUGAAAACAAGUCGGGGGCUGGUGCUUUCACAAAAAAACAACGGGAGAACUUGCUGCACUGGAAAAAGAAUGAGAUCUGUGAGGCUCAGGCAGUCAGUUUUUCCCUGUUCUUCAACAACAUCAUCUACUUGACAUUGGUACUGGUGUUUUCAUUCUUCGUGCUUAAGAACAUGGCUCCAUUGUACAAUCUUGUGGGUACUACUCUAGCUUCGUCAUCUCUCCUCUUUCUUCUCUCCACUAGCAGCAGUAAGUGAGAAUGGAUGAUCAGGAGCGUAUAACAACAAAGAGCGGAAAGAAAAAAGGUCUAAUCCUAGUUUCUUAAUAUCAAAGUUUAAAAUAUAAGCUCUCAAUCUUAAAUGUCUGAAAUUGUCUUCAAAAUCAUUUUUUAAAAUAUCAUCGACCGAGAAGUAACAUUUAAACUUUGAAAUUGUUAAAAAGCCUAACGUGCAGUUUAAUUCGUGGCUUUUUAAGUUUUAAAAUAUUUAAGUAUUGUAAUACAACAGUUGACGAUUUGUGUACAAUGUUAAACUUGUGUAAAUUAAAUCGGGUGCUGUUUGUAUGGUGUCAAACGGGGAAGCAAAACAUAAAUUGCUCCAUCAAAUUUGUGUAUUGAGUCUCAUCAGGAAUAGUAACGUCGUAGUUAUAUAAUACAAUCUUACUCUUUGAAAGGUGGUGAUGGAUAGUUUUACUAUACUUAAUUAAUAUAUUGAUUAUAUGUUUGUGGGGUGCAUAUCAGGUGAACUUGUAUAUUGUUGACUGUU